CAGGUUGAACUCCACGUCCACUUGGAUGGCAGCUUCAAGCCAGAGACAAUCCUCCAUUUUGCAAAGAAAAGACAGAUCCCAGUUCCAGCAGACACGGUAGAAGGCCUCCUGAAAAUCAUUUCAUAUGAAGAACCUCUCAGUCUUACAGAAUUCCUGGCCAAAUUCAAUCACUAUAUGCCUGCCAUUGCGGGUGACAGAGAGGCGAUCAAGCGAGUGGCCUAUGAAUUUGUGGAGAUGAAAGCCAAAGAAGGGGUGGUGUACGUGGAGGUCAGAUACAGCCCCCACUUCCUUGCCAAUUCCAAGGUGGACCCCAUCCCGUGGGGACAGGAGGAGGGUGACAUCACACCUGACGAUGUGGUGAAUCUGGUGAACCAAGGGCUGCGGGAAGGGGAGAAAGAAUUCAACAUCAAAGCCAGGUCUAUCCUAUGCUGCAUGCGGCAUAUGCCAAGCUGGUCCUUAGAAGUGGUGGAGCUCUGUAAGAAAUAUCACAAUGACACCGUUGUGGCCAUUGACCUGGCUGGAGAUGAAUCCCUGAAUUGCGAGGCGGCUCCUGGACAUUGUAAGGCCUAUGAGGAAGCUCUACGGUGUGGGAUACACAGAACAGUCCAUGCCGGAGAAGUGGGCCCGCCAAGUGUCGUCAAGGAGGCAGUGGAGGUGCUGAAAGCAGAAAGAAUCGGGCAUGGAUAUCACACCAUUGACGAUCCCACCCUAUACAAGGAGCUGCUGAACAGGAACAUGCACUUUGAGACAUGUCCGUGGUCCAGUUACCUCACAGGCGCUUGUGAUCCUGAUUUUACCAAACAUCCUGUAAUACAAUUUAAGAAAGACCAAGCCAACUACUCUCUGAACACAGAUGACCCUCUGAUCUUCAGAUCUACGCUGGCCGUGGAUUAUAACAUUGUAGCAGAGCACAUGGACUUCACAGAGGAAGAGUUUAAGCGAGUGAAUAUUAACGCAGCCCAAUCCAGCUUCCUACCAGAGAAGGAGAAGAAGCAGCUCCUGGACAAGCUGUAUGGGGCCUAUGGCAUGGUGCUCUCCACUGGGCUCUGA